UGACUGACAGCCAGCCCGCUAGCUGCUGCCGACUAGCAGCUCCACUGUCACCGGCAAUGAUACAGCAAACACUGAGUCGACAAAAGACACCGUGAUGGACACUUUUUAUCACUACAAAGACGGAUAUUAUUUAGGCACCACUGUGUUUUGACUGCAGACCGAGUUCAUUUUUUUGCUAAGCUGACGUUUGGACAGACUGAUCCGGGAAAAAGACGACGUCUGGGAACAGGAAUGGAUGCGAUGGAUGAUUUCCUGUGACACACCGGCCAGCUAGGAGGCUUUCACAUUAACUUUGAGUCUCACCUGACUAUGUAGAUGAUUCAGGGUUAGACAUAUGUGUGUACUCAGUUGUGACCUUUUAAAAUUUGCAAAAUAAUAUGAGUUAGUGCGUGAGUACACCAAGUGCUGGAACAGCCAAUCGCUUGAAGCGACCUAAUAUAGCUUUAAGCUAACGGAUAGCUAACGUUAGCUAAAUAUCGCUUACUGCUAUUCUUUUAUUUUAACUGUUAUUUGCUUCAGUGAAGGCAGUCGCCUUUAUCUUACGGAAGUAAAUGUAUACAUGUUAUAUAGGUGGGACGUCACUGAAAAGCUAGCCUUUCUUUCUAACUGUAGCCUGUGACGCGUAGCUUGGUCUUAAAGGACAUAAAUCAUCUGACUUCUCACUUAUGGCUGGUUAGUGUCGUGGUACUGCAACUGACCCAGCUAGCUAGCGUUUCUGUUAGCUAGUAGGUAGCUCAACAGCCGACAGCCACUUACUGGCCUGUGACUGCUCGCCUAUAAAAAUGCAUCACCAGGACUUUUCUGGAGACCCACCUGGGUCCGGAAGCAGGAAAACGUCGCACGCGACUGUUUUCCAUCACAGGAGGGGCAGCAGCGGUGCGUCUGCAUCCUCACUGACAGGUGUCAGCAGCGGUGAGGACAACCCAACCCAGGCUGGAUCCUCUUCUCCUGGACUCCACCACCAGCCACAGUCCCAGGUGGUCGGGGCUCAAGUGAAGAAGAAGAGCGGCUUCCAAAUAACAAGCGUCACCUCUGCUCAGAUCAGUGUGAGCGGCAACAACAGCUUGGCAGAUGACACUGAGAGCUAUGAUGACAUGGAUGAGUCGCACACGGAAGACCUCUCCUCCUCUGAAAUGCUGGACGUGUCUGUGUCCAGGGCCACGGACACGGGCGUCCCAGAGAGGAGCUCAUCUGAAGAGACACUGAACAGCCUCCAUGGGGUCGACACACCUGGCCUGGUGUCGCCCAAUGAGCCACUGCACCUUCACUCCAUCCCUCAGGGCUCUCAGCAGCAGCCUACAAUGGUCAAUGGGACUGUGCAUUAUCCUCAGCACCAUCAUCAUGGUCACCAUCCUGAUAAGAUGGGGGGAGGAGAAGUGUCAAUGACGCCUGCAGGGGCAACUCUCCCUGUGGCUCCCCUAGCCAGCUCCAGCCCAGGUCCGGUUUCCAAAGCUGGUGCUGGGCCUGGCCAGUCUCGGAGGCCACCCGUAUUGGAUAACACAAGACUGGCAGGUGUAGCAGCCCAGCCGUUAGCCACUGUGGUUGGUGGUACGGCCAGUGACACACAUGUACCAGGCACUAUGAACAUUACCGGUGUGUCUGCUGUAAGUGCAAUGCCCGCCACUGGGAUCGCAGGUUUUGAUAGCACCAGUGUGAGCGGGCAAGGAGUGUCCUCUGGAGUUGGAGCAGGCCCGUCUGCAGCCCCCAGUGCUCAGUCGCAGCCCACCCAAACUCAGGCGGCUGGUGGCUCUCGUUUCAGGGUGGUCAAAUUGGACACUAACUCUGAGCCGUUCCGCAAAGGAAGGUGGACUUGUACAGAGUACUAUGAAAAGGAGAUUCCUUCCACAACUGUGUCUGAGACAUGUAAGGGCACUGAGGCAGCUGCAGAGACUGAGCCAGGGAGCGGAGGCACUGUGGUGGCCAGUCCAAGCUUACCUGCUGUGCAACCACCUCACACACUGCAGCCCUAUCAGCAGCCAAGCCAGGACUUCACCAGUCCUCAACCCAUGCAGAGCCCACCACAGGGACUGGUCCAAAACGCUCCUCUGACUCAUGUGCUGUCGCAGGAGGUUGGUGGGGGUCACAUGCCUCAGAAGCCUAUGGCCCCUGUCGCUCUCCCCACAGCAACACCACAGGCAAUGGCACAGCUCAGUGUGAGUCAGCCUCCCUCUGUCAUGCCCCAGCAGUUGUCCUAUGCUGUGGAGCCACACCAGGCCCAGCCUCAGGUAGGUUACCCCACACCCCAGGUCCCUGUGGGGGGCAUGGCCCCGAGCAGUGUCCGGCAACCGGACUUUAUCCAGCCCACUGCUCCGUUCCAGACGCAGGUCCAGCCCCCACUGCCUCAUGUUACACCAGGAGUCUCUAUGACGAUGGGCCCUGGGGGAGCGACUCAGCCACCAGUCACCAUCGCUCAACAACUGCCCCUUCAAGGUCAAUCCGCACCCCCUGCUCAGGCAAUAUUUGCUCCAGGCCAGGCACAGGCCCUUCCUACUCAGCCCCAACAACCACAGCCACAGCUGCUCCCCCAAGUCCAAGCCCAGCUCCCCUCAUCCACCCCUGCCCCGGUCGCACCCACCCAGGGGACCUCUUACAUGCCUCUGACUGCGCUGCAAGCUGACCUUCAGCCCUUGCUGACCCCAGGUGCAGCCCUCACACAGACCUCUGGAGCCAUCCAGGCUCCUGGCAUUAUGAGCUCUUUCCGAAGCACCCAGUUGGAGGACGCCCAGAGGCUCCUGUCCAAACACCAGGGUCUGCUUGGGCUGCCUAGGCUGGGGGCAGUCGCAGGCGGAGAUGGGGCUGCUGAGGCUGGUGGCGCUGCAGGAUCCCUGGCCCACAUGGGGAUGGGAGUCGAGGCCAGUGCCUUGAUGGCUGCUGCUGCGGGCCUCAGGACCCAGCCUGCUGAGGGAGAGGAGGACAGCUCUUCGGGUGCAAGUGUCGUGGCCAUUGACAACAAGAUUGAACAAGCAAUGGACCUGGUGAAGAGUCACCUUAUGUACGCCGUGCGCGAGGAGGUGGAGGUGCUGAAGGAGCAGAUCAAAGAGCUCAUCGAGCGCAACUCCCAGCUGGAGCAGGAGAACAACCUGCUGAAGACCCUGGCCAGCCCCGAGCAGAUGGCUCAGUUCCAGGCUCAAGUCCAGACCGGCGGCUCCCCGACUGGCACCACCCAGCCCCCGGCCGUGGGCUCGGCUGGGACGGCGCUGGCCCCACCCUCCACACAAAACUCCGGCACCUCCGCAUAGCUCAAACAAGGAGCAACGCUACGCUGGGAAAACCCCUGAGGCGCUGACAUGCCAACGGGGAAAAGAGACAGGGAAGAUGGGAGGAAGAAGAAGAGGAGGAGGAGGAAGGAGUCUUAGCAUACUGUGAACUGACUCUAGCAUCAAGACCAACUAUGCCACUGUCUCGAGGAGCGCACGCUACAAACAACCCGAGGAAAACAAAAAAAGACUUGGUUUUUGCACAUUUUAUUUAACUGAAAGACUUCGGAGUCGCACCGAUGUGUGUCUGCUUUCUCGCCAACUUUUAACCUGCUUCAGACAAUCGUUGUCAUCGUUGUUGUGGUGGUGGUGGCUGUCGUGUUGGUGGUGAUGAUGAGGCAAGGGCACAGGUGACCUGAACUGACAUUCCUAGAGCCUUCGUCGUCAAGGGUGACGGGGAGGGCGGGGUUAAUGUGUUGCCCAACCAGUCGGGGAGCACAGAGCUCGCGCUGCAUGCCUCUGUUUGGUCUCAUCGAAUCCCUCCCCUUCAGUGACUCUUGGAAAAGUGUGCGGUCAUAGCACCCAACCCUAUCUGUGUCCCUGCGUUUUCAGUUUUUAUCCUGUCUUCUAAUUUUGUUUUUUGUAACCUUUUGCUUUUUUCUUCGCUCUGAGGCUCAAACUUAGAACAAGCACUUUUGUCAGCGACACCUGUCAGAAAGAUGUAUCUAGUUGACAGCAGAGGGACAACAGAGAACGAGAAAACAACAACAAAAAAAAAGAAAGACACAACCCAUCUGGAAUGGGAGGCAGAGAAACAAUUAGCUCAACUCACUUUUUUAGGUUUCUAUUCUCGCAGUCGUCAAUUAGGAAUCUCAUAUUUUAGAGGCGGGUAGUGCGGGGUUGUGUGAAAUUAUGAAAGACACAUUAGCUGCGCCUCAUUGUUCACUUUGAGAACUCAGUGUUCCUCUUGAUGCUCACGUCGAUGUCCCCACCCUAACACACUCUCCCUCCCUCUUUCUCCCCACAAGUACUGAUGGAGCAUUAAACAUUUAUGCAGGGAAUCAAUGUUUUUUUAGGGAGGGCCGGGAAAGGUGUAGGAUUGCAAUUCGUUUUGUUUGUUAUAUUUUGUUCUCUGUUGAUGUAAUUAAUGUCCUAGUGGUCUGUAAAAUAAAUAAAAGAAAGGCGAAUAAAUAGGACAUGACUGUUUUUAGGUUGUGAACUUUGUACAGAUUUAAAUUUCCAGUUAAAACUCUGCCAAGUGCCUGGUUUCCAACCAUAGAUACAUAUGCCUCUUUUUUUAUUCUUUUAUGUAUAUAUAUCUAUGGUUUUGCCAGGUUUUGAACUACCUGUGAUGUCAGUACUCAGGGUGGGAACAGAAGAGGAUUGUUACCUCGCCACUAAGAUGCUGUCUCUCCCGCGGUGACACACAGCCUCGUACUGUACGUGGAGUUUCCUCUGCCAUCGCUUACUCACUCGCUCAAAUGAUCUGAACUGUUAUACCGUUUGAGGACUUGUGUAGUUGUUCUUAAUGACAAUGGUGAUUUUUUUUUCUUUGUUUGUUCGUUUGUUUGUUUUUGUACAACCAAGUAUUUGAGUUGCUAAUUGGGCAGCCAGAGCUGAACACAAUUAUGAGUCACUUGGUAAAAGGAAAAUGCCUAGUAGAAUUAUUUCAGUGUUUUGUGCAUGUUCCUCAUUCACAAAUGUGACGUUACAAUUGCACUAAACAGUUGCACCUCAAAUAAAAAUGAAAAACAAAAAA